AUGGAUUUUAUUGCUGGAUCAGCAGGAGGGGCAUUUGGUGUGAUGGUCGGGUACCCUUUUGACACCGUAAAGGUGAACAUUCAAACCCAAAACAUGUACAGAGGAAUUUGGCACUGUGUCCAGUCCACAUAUAAGAACGAAGGGGUGAAUGGUUUUUACAAGGGCAUGACGAUGCCAGUCAUAGCUGUGUCCCUCAGCUUCUCUGUGGCGUUUGGGACCUACGGGAACGUCCUUCACUAUCUCUGUAAAUUACGGCAUGGGAAUCCUGAGGCCCGGCCUGCCAAGUGUGACAUCUUCCUCUCAGGCCUGACUGGAGGAUUUGCCCAGGUUUUUCUGGUGUCCCCAGCUGACAUGGUGAAGGUGCGUCUGCAGUGUCAGAGGGUUGCGUUUUCGAAAUUCACAGCAGAAGCCCCAAAACCAAAGUACCAUGGCCCCAUCCACUGUCUGCGCACCAUUGCCCGUGAAGAAGGACUCCUGGGCCUCUACAGGGGAGCCCAGGCUCUGGCUCUGAGAGAUGGACCAUUCUUUGCCACCUUCCUCACUAGUUAUCAUAUCAUCUGUGAACAGCUGACGGCACCAGGAAUGACCCAACCGGAGUGGAAAGUGGUGCUUCUGGCAGGAGGUCUGUCAGGGAUGUGUGGCUGGUGUGUUGGCACGCCGAUGGAUCUGAUCAAAGCUCGUCUCCAGAUGGACUGGAUUGGACAGCGGAGGUACCGAGGCUUUUUGCACUGUAUCACAGACAGCGUACGCACUGAGGGUCCCGGUGUCUUCUUCAGGGGUCUGAGUCUCAACUGCAUACGAGCCUUCCCCGUCAAUAUGGCAGUUUUCUCCACAUAUGAAAUAAUAAUAUACAUAAUGUCGCCCGACAUCUCAGAUGCUCAAGCAGGCUAG